GCAGCGGCGGCAGCAGCGGCGGCGAGGGCGGCGGGACUCGGGCCCGCGGCGCCGCAGGCUCAGAGCUGCCCCGGGGCAUGGACCCCGCGCGCUGCCCGCACUCCCUCACUCGCCGCCCGGGGCCCGCGAGCAGAUAGCAGUCUCGGAGGAAGCCGCGUCCAGACAAAAGCUGCUGCCUCCUUGCCCUGCCCAGCCCCUGGAGGGAUUCGAGUUUGGUGCCUGUCCCGGUCCGAUUCUCAGCGCCAAACUUUUUGCUCCUUCAGGGACUGAGAGAGUCUGAUCAGUUUCUCUGCGAGGAAAACGUCCGCCUGUUGUUGAGAAGGGCUAAGCACAACGCUUAGGCGCUCAGGAAAAACAAAACAAAACAAAACACACAGAAAAAAAAAAAAAAAGAAAAUGAUUUCCUGGGAAGUUGUCCACACAAUAUUCCUGUUUGCUCAUCUUUUUUCUUCCCUAGCUCAAGAUGCGAGCCCUCAGGCAGAGAUCAGGGCUGAGGAAAUUCCCGAGGGGGCCUCCACCUUGGCUUUUGUGUUUGAUGUGACGGGUUCCAUGUAUGAUGAUUUAGUUCAGGUUAUUGAAGGGGCUUCCAAAAUUUUGGAGACGUCUUUGAAAAGACCUAAGAGACCUCUUUUCAACUUUGCUCUGGUGCCUUUCCAUGAUCCAGAAAUUGGCCCAGUGACAAUUACGACAGAUCCCAAGAAAUUUCAAUAUGAACUCAGAGAACUCUAUGUUCAGGGUGGUGGUGAUUGUCCAGAAAUGAGUAUUGGAGCUAUAAAAAUUGCCUUGGAAAUUUCUCUUCCUGGUUCUUUCAUCUAUGUUUUCACUGAUGCCCGGUCCAAGGAUUACCGGCUCACCCAUGAGGUGCUGCAGCUUAUCCAACAGAAACAGUCACAAGUGGUAUUUGUGCUUACUGGAGAUUGUGAUGACAGGAACCAUAUUGGAUAUAAAGUCUAUGAAGAAAUUGCCUCUACAAGUUCUGGUCAAGUGUUCCACCUGGACAAAAAGCAAGUUAAUGAGGUAUUAAAAUGGGUAGAAGAAGCAGUACAGGCCUCCAAAGUUCACCUCUUAUCCACAGAUCAUUUGGAACAUGCUGUAAAUACUUGGAAAAUUCCUUUUGACCCCAGUCUGAAAGAGGUCACUGUGUCUCUGAGCGGACCUUCUCCAAUGAUUGAAAUUCGCAAUCCCUUAGGGAAGCUGAUAAAAAAGGGAUUUGGCCUGAAUGAGCUAUUGAAUAUCCACAACUCUGCCAAAGUGGUAAAUGUAAAGGAGCCGGAGGCUGGGAUGUGGACAGUGAAGAUCUCCAGCAGUGGAAGGCACUCUGUUCGCAUCACCGGCCUCAGUACCAUUGAUUUCCGAGCUGGCUUUUCCCGAAAGCCCACCCUGGACUUCAAAAAAACAGUCAGCAGACCAGUGCAAGGAAUACCUACCUUUGUGCUGCUAAAUACUUCCGGAAUUUCAAUUCCAGCGAGAGUAGAUCGUCUUGAACUUCUGAGUAUUUCAGGAAGUUCUCUUAAGACUAUUCCUGUUAAAUAUUACCCAGAUCGAAAACCUUAUGGCAUAUGGAAUAUUUCUGAUUUUAUGCCACCAAAUGAAGCUUUCUUUCUUAAAGUAACUGGCUAUGAUAAGGAUGAUUAUCUCUUCCAGAGAGUAUCAAGUGUUUCCUUUUCCAACAUUGUUCCAGAUGCUCCCAAAGUUACAAUGCCCAAGAAAACCCCAGGAUACUACCUGCAGCCAGGCCGGAUUCUCUGCUCUGUUGAGAGUCUUUUGCCCUUUACCUUGAGUUUUCUCAGGAAUGGAGCUACCCUUGGAGAAGAACAGUAUUUUAAAGAAUCUGCCACUGUGAACUGGGAUAUUGAAAAGGUCACUUUGUCUGAUGAAGGUUCCUAUGAGUGCAUCGCUGUCAGCAGCGUGGGGACCGGGCAGGCACAGACAUUUUUUGACGUAUCAGAGCCUCCCCCAGUCAUCCAAGUGCCUAAUAAUGUUACAGUCGCUCCUGGAGAGAGAGCAGUUUUGAUAUGUCUUGUCAUCAGUGCUGCAGAUUACAAUCAAACCUGGCAGAGGAAUGACAGAGAUGUCAGAUUGACAGAACCAGCAAGAAUUAGGACCUUGGCUAACCUCUCAUUGGAGAUAAGGGGUGUGAAAUUCAGCGAUGCCGGAGAGUAUCACUGCUUGGUUUCCAGCGAAGGUGGAUCCGCAGCUGCAUCUGUGUUCCUCACAGUGCAAGAGCCUCCCACAGUCAAUGUGAUGCCCAAGAAUCAGUCUUUCACAGGAGGGUCCGAGGUCUCCAUCAGGUGCUCUGCCACAGGUUACCCCAAACCAAAGAUCACCUGGACCGUGAACGAUAUGUUUAUUGUGGCUUCACACAGGUAUAGGAUGACCUCAGAAGGUACCUUAUUUAUCAAAAAUGCAGUUCCCAAAGAUGCAGGGGUAUAUGGUUGCCUGGCAAGUAAUUCAGCUGGAAUAGAUAAACAGACUUCUAUCCUCAGAUACAUUGAAGCCCCAAAGUUGAUUGUAGUUCAGAGUAAGCUCUUGGUUGCCCUUGGGGACACAAUAGUUAUGGAAUGCAAAACCUCUGGUGUUCCUCCACCUCAGGUUAAAUGGUUCAAAGGAGAUCUUGAGUUGAGAUCCUCAGCAUUCCUUAUUAUUGAUCCCCUUUUGGGACUUUUGAAGAUUCAAGAAACACAAGAUCUGGAUGCUGGUGAUUAUACCUGUGUAGCCGUCAAUGAUGCUGGAAGAGCAACUGGCAGGAUAACCCUGGAUGUCGGCUCACAUCCAGUUUUCAUACAAGAACCUGCUGAUAUUUCUAUGGAAAUUGGAUCAAAUGUGACAUUGCCUUGUUAUGUUCAGGGAUAUCCAGAACCAAAGAUCAAAUGGCGAAGAUCAGACAACAUGCCAAUUUUCUCAAGACCUUUUUCAGUUAGUUCCAUCAGCCAACUAAAAACAGGGGCUCUUUUUAUUUUAAACUUAUGGGCAAGUGAUAAAGGAACCUAUAUUUGUGAAGCAGAAAACCAGUUUGGAAAGAUCCAGUCAGAGGCAACAAUAACAGUGACGGGACUUGUGGCUCCGCUUAUUGGCAUCAGUCCUCCAGUGGCCAAUGUUGUUGAAGGACAGCAGCUUACUUUGCCUUGUAGUCUGUUGGCUGGAAAUCCCAUUCCAGAACGUCGGUGGCUCAAAAAUUCAGCUAUGUUGGUCCAAAAUCCUUACAUCACUGUGCGCAGUGAUGGGAGCCUCCAUAUUGAAAGAAUUCAGCUGCAGGAUGGAGGCGAAUAUACUUGUGUGGCCAGUAAUGUUGCUGGAACCAAUAACAAAACUACCUCUGUUGUCGUGCAUGUUCUGCCGACCAUCCAGCACGGGCAGCAGGUACUGAGUACGAUUGAAGGCAUUCCAGUCACUCUGCCCUGCAGGGCAAGUGGGAUUCCCAAACCGUCUGUCAUCUGGUCCAAGAAAGGAGAGCUGAUUUCAACUGGCAGCGCUAAAUUUUCAGCAGGGGCUGAUGGAAGUCUGUAUGUGGUGUCACCGGGAGGUGAAGAGAGUGGGGAGUAUGUCUGCACCGCCACCAAUGCCGCCGGCUAUGCCAGACGGAAAGUGCAGCUGACGGUCUAUGUAAGGCCCAGAGUGUUUGGAGACCUCCGAGGACUGUCCCAGGAUAAACCUGUUGAGAUCUCCGCCCUUGCAGGGGAAGAGGUGACACUUCCAUGUGAAGUGAAGAGCUUACCCUCACCCAUAAUUACUUGGGCCAAAGAAACCCAGCUCAUUUCUCCAUUCUCUCCAAGACAUAUGUUCCUUCCAUCUGGUUCAAUGAAGAUCACCGAGCCCCGGCUUUCAGAUACUGGGAUGUACCUUUGUGUUGCCACCAAUAUUGCUGGGAAUGUGACUCAGUAUGUUAAACUGAAUGUCCAUGUUCCUCCAAAGAUUCAGCAUGGCCCUAAACAGAUGAAAGUCCAAGUCGGUCAAAGAGUGGACAUUCCAUGUAAUGUGCAAGGGACACCUGUCCCUGUAAUCACCUGGUUGAAAGACGGAAGCACCGUGCUGGUUGAUGGCAUGCAGCACAUUAGCAAUCUGGAUGGAACUUUAAGCAUCCACCGAGCCACACCCUCAGAUGCUGGCUUAUACACAUGUGUUGCUAUGAACAUAGCAGGCAGUGAUGAAACGGACAUAACACUACAUGUCCAAGAGCCACCUACAUUGGAAGAUCUAGAACCUCCCUAUAACACUCCUUUCCAGGAAAGAGUGGUCAAUCAACGCAUCGCAUUUCCAUGCCCUGCGAAAGGCACCCCUCAACCAACCAUCAAGUGGUUACACAAUGGUAGAGAGUUGACAGGCCAAGAGCCUGGUGUCUCUAUCUUGGAAGAUGGCACAUUGUUGAUUAUUGCCUCUGUUACACCAUUUGACAAUGGGGAGUACAUAUGUGUGGCAGUCAAUGAAGCUGGAACCACAGAAAGAAAAUAUAACCUCAAAGUGCAUGUUCCUCCAGUAAUUACAAAUACAGAACAAGUAACAAAUGUGUCUGUGUUGGUGAAUCAGCUGACCAGUCUCUUUUGUGAAGUGGAAGGAGCUCCAUCUCCCACCAUCACAUGGUAUAAAGAUGAUGUCCAGGUGACGGAAAGCAGUGCUGUUCAGAUCGUGAACAAUGGGAAGACACUAAAGCUCUUUAAAGCCACUCCAGAGGAUGCAGGAAGCUAUUACUGCACAGCAAUUAACAUUGCAGGCACUUCCCAGAAGUAUUUUAACAUCGAUGUGCUAGUUCCACCCACCAUAACAGCUGCCAGCUCCCCAAAUGAAGUAUCAGUUGUCCUCAACCAUGAAACCACCCUGGAAUGCCAGGCCAAAGGCAGUCCCUUCCCUGUGAUUCACUGGUUCAAAGACGGCAAGCCUUUGUUUUUGGGAGAUCCUAAUAUUGAACUUCUAGACAGAGGACAAAUUCUACAUCUAAAGAAUGCACGAAGAAGUGACAAGGGGCGCUACCAAUGCACAGUGUCUAAUGCAGCUGGAAAACAAGCCAAGGAUAUAAAGCUGACAAUCUAUAUUCCACCCAGUAUUAAAGGAGGGAAUGUCACUGCUGAAAUAUCAGUAUUGAUCAACAGUAUGAUUAAACUGGAAUGUGAAACACGGGGACUUCCAAUGCCUGCUAUUACUUGGUAUAAGGAUGGCUGGCCAGUCAUGUCCAGCUCACAAAUACUUUACAUUGAUAAAGGACAAUUUCUUCAUAUUCCUCGAGCGCAAGUCUCUGAUUCAGCAACAUAUACAUGUCAUGUAACCAAUGUUGCAGGAAUUGCUGAAAAAUCAUUCCACGUGGAUGUCUAUGUUCCUCCAGUGAUUGAAGGUGACUUGGCUACACCUUUGAGUAAGCAAGUAGUUAUGAAUCAUUCACUGACACUGGAGUGCAGAGCUGCUGGCAACCCUCCUCCAGUUCUUACCUGGCUAAAAGAUGGCGUACCUGUGAAAGCCAGUGACAACAUCCUUAUAGAAGCUGGUGGGAAGAAACUUGAAAUUAUGAGUGCCCAAGAAGUUGAUCAAGGACAGUAUAUAUGUGUGGCCACCAGUGUGGCAGGAGAGAAGGAAAUCAAAUAUGAAGUUGAUGUCUUGGUGCCACCAGUGGUAGAAGGAGAUGAAACAUCUUACUUCAUUGUGAUGGUCAACAACUUACUGGAGCUUGAUUGUCACGUGACAGGCUCUCCCCCACCAACUAUCAUGUGGCUGAAGGAUGGCCAGCUAAUUGACGGAAGGGAUGGAGUCAAGAUUUUACUUAAUGGGCAUAAACUAAUUAUCACUCAGGCUCAAGUGUCAGACACUGGUCUUUAUCAGUGUGUGGCAACAAACACCGCUGGAGACCACAAGAAGGAAUUUGAAGUGACUGUUCAUGUUCCUCCAACAAUCAAGCCUUCAGGCCUUUCUGAGAGAGCUGUGGUGAAAUACAAGCCCAUCGCUUUGCAGUGCAUAGCCAAUGGCAUUCCAAAUCCAUCCAUUACGUGGUUGAAAGAUGGCCAACCUGUGAACACUGCCCAAGGAAACCUCAAAAUACAGUCUUCUGGUCGAGUUCUGCAGAUUGCCAAAGCCCUGAUGGCGGAUGCUGGCCAAUAUACAUGUGUGGCUACCAAUGCAGCUGGAGAAACACAACAGCACAUUCAAUUGCAUGUGCAUGAACCACCUAAUCUGGAAGACGCAGGGACGAUGCUGAAUGAGACAGUGGUAGUAAACAGCCCUAUCCAGCUGGAGUGUAAGGCAGCUGGGUAUCCUUUACCUGUUAUUACAUGGUACAAAGAUAAUCGUCCACUCUCAGGUUCCAGCAGCAUAACUUUCUUGAACAGAGGACAGAUCAUUAAUAUUGAAAGUGCCCAAAUCUCAGAUGCUGGCCUGUAUAAAUGUGUGGCCAUCAACUCAGCUGGAGCGACAGAGUUACUGUACAGUCUGCAAGUUCAUGUGCCCCCAUCGAUUUCUGGCAACAAUAACAUGGUGCCAGUGGUGGUUAAUAAUCUGGUGAGGUUAGAAUGUGAAGCCAGAGGUAUCCCUGCCCCAAGUCUGACCUGGUUGAAAGAUGGAAGCCCUGUGUCCAGUUUUGCUAAUGGAAUACAGGUUCUCUCUGGGGGUCGCAUCCUAGCCUUGACCAGUGCACAAAUCAGUGAUGCAGGAAUAUACACCUGCGUGGCAGUGAAUGCUGCUGGGGAGAAGCAAAGGGACAUUGACCUCAGAGUCUAUGCUCCACCAAAUAUUAUGGGAGAGGAACAAAAUGUCUCUGUCAUCAUUGGCCAAGCCGUGGAGUUACUGUGUCAGAGUGAUGCAAUCCCCUCACCCACUCUUACUUGGUUAAAAGAUGGCCGCCACUUACUGAAGAAACCAGGCCUCACUGUCUCUGAAAAUGGAAGUGUGUUAAAGAUUGAAGAUGCUCAGGUUCAAGACACUGGUCGUUACACUUGUGAAGCAACAAACGUUGCAGGAAAAACUGAGAAAAACUAUAAUGUCAACAUUUGGGUACCCCCAAAUAUUUACGGUUCUGAUGAACUUGCUCAACUUACAGUCAUUGAAGGGAAUCUCAUUAGUCUACUGUGUGAAUCAAGUGGUAUUCCACCCCCAAAUCUCAUUUGGAAGAAGAAAGGCUCUCCAGUGCUGGCUGAUUCCAUGGGGCGAGUUAGAAUUUUAUCUGGAGGCAGACAGUUACAAAUUUCAAUUGCUGAAAAAUCAGAUGCAGGGCUGUAUACAUGUAUAGCAUGGAAUGUCGCUGGAACCACAAAGAAAGAUUACAAUUUGCAAGUCUACAUUCGACCAACCAUUACAAACAGUGGCAGCCACCCUACUGAAAUUAUUGUCACUCGGGGCAAGAGUGUUUCCUUGGAGUGUGAGGUGCAGGGUAUGCCUCCGCCAACAAUGACCUGGAUAAAAGACGGCCGCCCCUUGACCAAGGCAAGAGGAGUGGAAAUAUUGGACGAAGGUCGCAUCCUUCAGCUGCAGAACAUUCACAUAUCUGACAUGGGUCGUUAUGUGUGUGUUGCUGUAAACGUAGCAGGAAUGACUGACAGAAAAUAUGACUUAAGUGUACAUGCCCCUCCAAGCAUCAUAGGAAACCACGGGGCAUCUGAAAAUAUCAGUGUGGUGGAAAAGAACUCAGUGUCCUUAACUUGUGAAGCUUCAGGAAUUCCUCUGCCUUCAAUAACUUGGCUUAAGGAUGGGUGGCCCAUCAGCCUCAGCAAUUCUGUGCGGAUUCUCUCAGGAGGCAGGACACUUCGAAUGAUGCAAACCAGAAUGGAAGAUGCUGGCCAAUAUACUUGUGUUGCGAGGAAUGCAGCUGGUGAAGAAAGAAAAAUCUUUGGACUUUCAGUGUUAGUACCACCUCAUAUUGUGGGUGAAAAUACCUUGGAAGAUGUGAAGGUAAAAGAGAAACAGAGUGUUACGCUGAUUUGUGAAGUGACAGGGAAUCCAGUGCCAAAAAUCACCUGGCACAAAGAUGGGCAGCUUAUCCAAGAAGACGAAGCCCAUAGCAUUGAGUCUGGUGGCCACUCUCUUCACAUUACCAAUGCCCAAGUGUCACACACUGGAAGAUACACGUGUUUGGCUUCUAAUACAGCUGGUGACAAGAGCAAAAGUUUCAGUCUUAAUGUGCUUGUGUCUCCUACAAUUGCUGGUGUGGAUGGUGAUGGCAGCCAUGAAGAUGUCACUGUUAUCCUAAACAGCCCCACCUCUCUGGUCUGUGAAGCUUAUUCAUAUCCUCCAGCUAUCAUCACCUGGUUUAAGGGUGGAGCUCCUCUAGAAUCGAACCAAAAUAUUCGUAUACUUCCAGGGGGUAGGACUCUGCAGAUCCUCAAUGCACAGGAGGACAAUGCUGGGAGAUACUCCUGUGUGGCCACUAACGAGGCUGGGGAGAUGAUUAAGCACUAUGAAGUGAAGGUCUACAUUCCACCCAUAAUCAAGAAAGGGGACGUUUUGGGGCCAGGUCUUUCCCCUAAAGAAGUGAAGAUCAAAGUAAACAACACCCUGACCUUGGAAUGUGAAGCUUAUGCAAUUCCUUCUGCCUCCCUCAGCUGGUACAAGGAUGGACAGCCCCUUAAAUCCGAUGAUCAUGUAAAUAUUGCUGCAAAUGGACACACUCUUCAAAUAAAGGAGGCUCAGAUAUCAGAUACCGGGCGAUAUACUUGUGUAGCAUCUAACAUUGCAGGUGAAGAUGAGUUGGAUUUUGACGUGAAUAUACAAGUCCCUCCAAGUUUUCAGAAACUCUGGGAGAUGGGAAACAUGCUAGAUACUGGAAGGAGUGGUGAAGCCAAAGAUGUCAUCAUCAACAACCCCAUUUCUCUGUACUGUGAGACUAAUGCUGCUCCUCCUCCGACACUGACCUGGUACAAAGACGGCCAUCCCCUGACCUCAAGUGAUAAAGUAUUGAUUCUGCCAGGAGGGCGAGUACUGCAGAUUCCCAGGGCUAAAGUCGAAGAUGCGGGAAGAUACACCUGUGUGGCUGUGAAUGAGGCCGGAGAAGAUUCCCUUCAGUAUGACAUCCGUGUGCUCUUGCCACCAAUUAUCAAGGGAGCAAAUAGUGAUCUCCCCGAAGAGGUCACGGUGCUCGUGAACAAGAGCACGCUGAUGGAGUGUUUAUCCAGUGGCAGCCCUGCCCCGAGGAAUUCCUGGCAAAAAGAUGGACAGCCAUUGCUGGAAGAUGACCAUCAUAAAUUUCUAUCUCAUGGGAGAAUUCUGCAGAUUCUGAAAACUCAACUAAUAGAUAUCGGCAGGUAUGUGUGUGUAGCUGAGAACACAGCUGGAAGUGCCAAAAAAAGUUUUAACCUCAAUGUUCAUGUUCCUCCCAGUGUCAUUGGUCCUAACCCUGAAAAUCUUACUGUUGUGGUGAACAAUUUCAUCUCCUUGACCUGUGAGGUCUCUGGUUUUCCACCUCCUGAUCUCAGCUGGCUCAAGAAUGAACAGCCUAUCAAAUUAAGCACAAAUGCUCUCAUUGUGCCCGGUGGUCGAACUCUACAAAUUCUGCGGGCUAAGGUAUCUGAUGGUGGUGAAUACACUUGUAUAGCCAUCAGCCAAGCUGGUGAAAGCAAGAAAAAGAUUUCCCUGACUAUUUAUGUGCCCCCGAGCAUUAAAGAUCAUGGCAGCGAAUCUCUUUCUGUAGUAAACGUAAGAGAGGGAACAUCAGUGUCAUUGGAGUGCGAGUCCAACGCUGUGCCCCCUCCAGUUGUCACUUGGUAUAAGAAUGGGCGAAUGAUAACAGAGUCCACUCACUUGGAGAUUUUAGCUGAUGGACAAAUGCUACACAUCAAAAAAGCCGAGGUGUCUGACACAGGCCAGUAUGUAUGUAGAGCUAUAAAUGUAGCAGGACGAGAUGAUAAAAAUUUCCACCUCAAUGUAUAUGUGCCACCCAGUAUUGAAGGUCCUGAAAGAGAAGUGGUUGUAGAGUCAAUCAGCAAUCCUGUGACCUUAACUUGUGAUGCCACUGGGAUCCCACCUCCCAUGAUAGCAUGGUUGAAGAACCUCAGGCCUAUAGAAAAUUCUGACUCACUUGAAGUUCAUAUUUUGUCCGGAGGUAGCAAACUCCAAAUUGCCCGGUCUCAGCCUUCAGACAGUGGAAACUAUACAUGCAUUGCAUCCAACAUGGAAGGGAAAGCCCAGAAAAGUUACAUUCUUUCUGUUCAAGUUCCUCCAAGUGUGGCAGGUGCUGAAAUUCCAAGUGAUGUCAGUGUCCUCCUAGGAGAAAAUGUGGAGCUGGUCUGCAAAGCGAAUGGCAUUCCUGCCCCACUUAUUCAAUGGCUGAAAGAUGGAAAACCCUUAACUAGUGCUAAAAGAGAAAGAAUCCGGGUGACUGCAAAUGGCAGCACGUUAAACAUUGACGGAGCUGUCACAUCCGACGUGGGGAAAUACACAUGUGUUGCUACUAAUCCUGCCGGAGAAGAAGACCGAAUUUUUAACUUGAAUGUCUAUGUUCCACCUACAAUUAAGGGUAAUAAAGAAGAAGAUAAACUGAUGGCUUUGGUGGAUACAUCAAUAAAUAUUGAAUGCAGAGCUACAGGGAUGCCCCCACCACAGAUAAACUGGCUGAAGAAUGGACUCCCUCUGCCUCUCUCCUCCCAUAUCCGGAUGCUGUCAGCAGGGCAGGUUAUCAGGAUCGUAAGAGCUCAGCUAUCUGACGUUGCUGUGUAUACUUGUGUGGCCUCCAACAGAGCUGGGGUGGAUAAUAAGCAUUACAAUCUGCAAGUACUUGUACCACCAAAUAUGGACAAUGCAAUGGGGACAGAGGAAAUCACAGUUCUCAAAGGCAGCUCCACCUCUAUGACAUGCAUGACUGAUGGAACCCCAACGCCCAGCAUGUCCUGGCUUAGAGAUGGUCUUGCUCUGGGGCUUGAUGAUCAUCUGAUGAUCGAUGCUCAAGGAAUGGUCCUCCAGCUCCUCAAAGCAGAGACUGAAGAUUCAGGAAGAUACACUUGUGUUGCCUCGAAUGAAGCUGGAGAAGUCAGCAAGCACUUCAUCCUGAAGGUCCUAGAACCACCUCACAUUAAUGGAUCUGAAGAACCUGGAGAGAUAUCAGUAAUUGUUAAUAACCCACUUGAACUUACCUGCAUUGCUUCUGGAGUUCCAGCCCCUAAAAUCACCUGGAUGAAAGAUGGCCGGCCCCUUCCUCAGACAGAUCAAGUGCAAACUCUAGGAGGAGGAGAGAUUCUUCAGAUCUCUAGUGCUCAGGUGGAGGAUACAGGAAGAUACACAUGCCUGGCAUCCAGUCCUGCCGGAGAUGAUGAUAAAGAGUAUUUAGUUAGAGUGCAUGUUCCCCCUAAUAUUGCUGGAACUGACGAGCCCCAAGGUUUCUCUGUGUUAAGGAAUAGACAAGUGACAUUGGAAUGCAAAUCAGAUGCAGUGCCCCCACCUGUAAUUACUUGGCUCAAAAAUGGAGAACGCUUACAGGCAACCCCUCGAGUGAGAAUCCUGUCUGGAGGGAGAUACUUGCAGAUUAACAAUGCAGAUCUAAGUGAUACAGCCAACUAUACCUGUGUUGCCAGCAACAUUGCAGGAAAGACUACAAGAGAAUUUAUACUUGCCAUAAAUGUUCCUCCAAGCAUAAAAGGUGGCUCCCAGAGUCUAAUCAUUCUCUUAAGUAAGUCAACUGUACUGGAAUGCAUUGCUGAAGGUAUCCCAACCCCAAGGAUAACAUGGAGAAAGGAUGGAGCUGUUCUAUCUGGGAAUCACGCAAGAUACUCUGUCUUGGAAAAUGGAUUCCUUCAUAUUCAAUCAGCACAAGUCACCGACACUGGGAGGUAUUUGUGUAUGGCCACCAAUGCUGCUGGAACAGACCGCAGGAGAAUAGAUUUACAGGUUCAUGUUCCUCCAUCUAUUUCUCCGGGUCUGACCAACAUAACUGUAACUAUAAAUGUUCAAACUACUCUGGCUUGUGAGGCUACAGGGAUACCAAAACCAUCAAUCCAUUGGAGAAAAAAUGGGCACCUUCUUAAUGUGGAUCAAAAUCAGAAUUCAUACAGGCUUCUUUCUUCAGGUUCACUGGUGAUUAUUUCCCCUUCUGUGGAUGACACUGCAACUUAUGAGUGCACUGUGACAAAUGAUGCUGGAGAAGAUAAGAGAACCAUAGACCUCACUGUCCAAGUUCCACCUUCCGUCGCUGAUGAGCCUACGGAGUUCCUCAUAACCAAACACGCCCCAGCGGUAAUUACCUGUACUGCUUCUGGAGUUCCAUUUCCCUCAAUUCACUGGACCAAAAAUGGUAUAAGACUGCUUCCCAGGGGAGAUGGCUAUAGAAUUCUGUCCUCAGGAGCAAUUGAAAUAUUUGCUGCCCAAUUAAACCAUGCUGGAAGAUAUACUUGUGUCGCUAGGAAUUCAGCUGGUUCUGUACAUCGACACGUGACCCUUCAUGUUCAAGAGCCUCCAGUUAUUCAGCCCCAACCAAGUGAGCUAGACGUCAUUCUAAACAAUCCCAUUGUACUACCAUGUGAAGCAACAGGGACACCCAGUCCUUUCAUUACAUGGCAAAAAGACGGCAUCAAUGUCAUUACUUCAGGCAAAAGCCACAUGGUUCUCCCUAGUGGUGGCUUACAGAUCUCCAGAGCUGUCCGAGAGGAUGCUGGCACUUACAUGUGUGUGGCUCAGAAUCCAGCUGGUACGGCCUUGGGCAAAAUCAAGUUAAAUGUCCAAGUUCCUCCAGUCAUUAGCCCUCACCCGAAGGAACACGUGAUUGCUGUGGACAAGCCCCUCCUGCUGCCCUGCGAGGCACACGGCCUGCCCCGACCCGACGUCACCUGGCGUCACGACGCGCGUGCGGUUGGGGACUCGGUGCGCCGGCGCGUGCUGAGCUCGGGAGCUCUGCAGAUCGCGUUUGCGCAGCCGGAGGACGCGGGUCAAUACACGUGCACGGCGGCCAACGUGGCGGGGUCCAGCAGCGCCAGCACCCAGCUCACAGUCCACGUACCACCCAGGAUCCGAAAUACAGAAGUACAGUACACAGUCAAUGAGAACUCACAAGCCAUUCUCCCAUGCAUGGCAGAUGGAAUCCCAACACCCACGAUUACCUGGAAAAAAGACAAUGUUCUUUUAGCUAACUUGUUAGGAAAAUACACCGCUGAACCAUAUGGAGAGCUCAUUUUGGAAAAUGUUGUGCUGGAAGAUUCUGGGACCUACACCUGUGUUGCCAACAAUACUGCAGGUGAAGAUACACACAGUGUCAGCCUGACUGUACAUAUUCUCCCCACUUUUACUGAGCUUCCUGGAGAUGUGUCAUUAAAUAAAGGAGAACAGCUACGAUUAAUUUGUAAAGCAAUUGGUAUUCCACUGCCCAAAUUAACAUGGACCUUUAAUAACAAUAUUAUCCCAGCCCACUAUGACAGUGUCAAUGGACACAGUGAACUUGUUAUUGAAAGAGUGUCAAAAGAGGAUUCAGGUACUUACGUGUGCACCGCAGAGAACAGUGUUGGUUUUGUGAAAGCAAUUGGGUUUGUAUAUGUGAAAGAACCUCCCAUCUUCAAAGGUGAUUACCCUUCAAACUGGAUUGAACCACUUGGUGGUAAUGCAAUCCUGAACUGUGAGGUGAAAGGAGACCCCACCCCAACCAUCCAGUGGAGCAGAAAGGGAGUGGGCGUUGAAAUUAACCACAGAAUCCGGCAGCUGGGCAAUGGCUCCCUGGCCAUCUAUGGCACUAUAAAUGAAGAUGCUGGGGACUAUACGUGCAUAGCUGCCAAUGAAGCUGGGGUCGUGGAGCGCAGCAUGAGUCUGACUCUGCAAAGUCCUCCUAUUAUCACUCUUGAGCCGGUGGAAACUAUUGUCAAUGCUGGUGGGAACAUCAUACUGAAUUGUCAGGCAGCUGGAGAGCCUCAUCCAACCAUUACAUGGUCCCGUCAGGGCCAGUCUAUUCCCUGGGAUGACCGAGUUAAGGUGUUAUCCAACAACUCAUUACGGAUCACUGGUGCCCGAAGAGAAGAUACCUCUGACUAUGAAUGUGUGGCUCGCAACUUAAUGGGUUCAGUCCUUGUCAGAGUGCCUGUCACAGUACAGGUUCAUGGUGGGUUUUCCCAGUGGUCUGCAUGGAAAUCCUGCAGUGUCACCUGUGGAAAAGGGAUCCAGAAGAGGAGCCGUAUGUGUAAUGACCCCCAUCCAGCCAACGGUGGGAAGCCUUGCCAAGGGUCUGAUUCCGAAAUGCGAAGCUGUCACAACAAGCUGUGUCCAGUGGACGGGAGCUGGUCAGAAUGGAGUCCUUGGGAAGAAUGCACAAGGACUUGUGGGAGCGGCAACCGAACCAGGACCAGGACAUGCAGUAAUCCAUCAGCUCAGCACGGUGGGCGGCCGUGUGAAGGGAACACGGGGGAAACAAUCAUGUGUAACAUCAGGCCUUGCCCAGUUCAUGGAGCAUGGAGUACUUGGCAGCCUUGGGGUCCAUGCAGCGAAAGUUGUGGGAAAGGUACCCAGACAAGGACAAGACUUUGCAAUAACCCACCACCAUCACUAGGUGGGUCCUUCUGUGAUGGAGCAGAAACACAGGUUCAAGUUUGCAUUGAAAGACACUGUCCAGUGCAUGGCAAGUGGGCGACAUGGGCCAGUUGGAGCACCUGUUCAGUCUCCUGUGGAGGGGGUGUCAGGCAUAGAACGAGGGACUGCUCUGACCCUGCCCCCCAGCAUGGAGGAAGCAAAUGUGAAGGAAGCGAUAUCCAGAGUGAUUUUUGCAAUAGUGACCCUUGUCCAACCCAUGGACACUGGAGCCCUUGGAGUGGCUGGGGAACGUGCAGCCGGACGUGCAACGGAGGCCAGAUGAGGCGGUACCGCACGUGCGACAACCCGCGUCCUGCCAAUGGCGGGAGAGCCUGUGGGGGGCCCGACUCCCAGAUCCAGAGAUGCAACUCUGACAUGUGUCCUGUGGAUGGAAGCUGGGGAAACUGGCAUAGUUGGAGUCCGUGUUCUGUCUCUUGUGGAGGAGGUGAAAAGACUCGGAAGCGGCUGUGUGACAGUCCAGUGCCAGCUAAAGGUGGCCGUCCCUGUCCAGGAGAUGCUACUCAGGUGUCCAGAUGCAAUACACAGGCAUGUCCAGGUGGGCCCCAGAGAGCCAGAGGAAGUGUUAUUGGAAAUAUUAAUGAUGUUGAAUUUGGAAUUGCUUUCCUUAAUGCCACAGUAACAGAUAGCCCUAGCUCUGAUACUAGAGUAAUACACGCCAAAAUUACCAAUGUACCGCGUAGUCUUGGUUCAGCAAUGAAAAAGAUAGCUUCUAUUUUAAAUCCUAUUUAUUGGACAACAGCAAAGGAAAUCGGAGAAGCCGUUAAUGGCUUUACUCUUACCAAUGCAGUCUUCAAAAGGGAAACCCAAGUAGAAUUUGCAACUGGAGAAAUUUUGCGGAUGACUCAUAUUGCCCGGGGCCUGGAUCCUGACGGAGCUUUGUUGCUCGAUAUUGUUGUGAGUGGCUAUGUGCUGCAGCUCCAGUCACCUGCUGAAGUCGCUGUGAAGGAUUACACAGAGGACUACAUCCAAACAGGUCCCGGGCAGCUGUAUGCCGCCUCCACCCGGCUGUUCACCAUCGAUGGCAUCAGCGUCCCGUACACAUGGAACCACACCAUCUUUUAUGAUCACACUCGGGGAGGAAUGCCUUUCCUGGUAGAAACGCUUCAUGCAUCCUCUGUAGAAUCUGACUAUAACCAGUUAGAAGAGACAUUGGGUUUUAAAAUCCAUGCUUCAAUUUCCAAAGGAGAUCGCAGUAAUCAGUGCCCCUCUGGGUUCACCUUAGACACAGCUGGACCGUUCUGUGCUGAUGAGGAUGAGUGUGUAGCAGGGAAUCCCUGCUCCCAUAGCUGCCAUAAUGCCGUGGGGACUUACUACUGCUCCUGCCCUAAAGGCCUCACCAUAGCUGCAGAUGGAAGAACUUGCCAAGAUAUUGAUGAGUGUGCUUUGGGUGGACACACCUGCCAUGGUGGUCAGGACUGCGACAAUACUAUUGGGUCCUAUCGCUGUGUGGUCCGUUGCGGAACAGGCUUUCGAAGAACUUCUGAUGGGCUGAGUUGUCAAGAUAUUAACGAAUGUCAAGAAUCCAGCCCCUGUCACCAGCGCUGUUUCAAUACCAUAGGAAGUUUCCACUGUGGAUGUGAACCUGGGUAUCAGCUCAAAGGCAGAAAAUGCAUGGAUGUGAAUGAGUGUCGACAGAAUGUAUGCAGACCAGAUCAGCACUGUAAGAACACCCGUGGUGGCUACAAGUGCAUUGAUCUUUGUCCAGAUGGAAUGACCAAGGCAGAAAAUGGAACGUGCAUUGAUAUUGAUGAAUGUAAAGAUGGGACCCAUCAGUGCCGAUAUAACCAGAUAUGUGAAAAUAAAAGAGGCAGCUAUCGUUGUGUAUGCCCAAGAGGUUAUCGGUCUCAAGGAGUUGGAAGACCCUGUAUGGACAUUAACGAAUGUGAACAAGUGCCUAAACCUUGUGCACAUCAGUGCUCCAACACCCCCGGCAGCUUCAAGUGCACCUGUCCCCCAGGACAACAUUUAUUAGGGGACGGGAAAUCUUGCGCUGGAUUGGAGAGGCUGCCAAAUUAUGGCAUUCAGUACAGUAGCUAUAACCUUGCACGGUUCUCCCCUGUGAGAAACAACUAUCAACCUCAGCAGCAUUACAGACAGUACUCACAUCUCUACAGCUCCUACUCAGAGUAUAGAAACAGCAGAACAUCUCUCUCCAGGACUAGAAGGACUAUUAGGAAAACUUGCCCUGAAGGCUCUGAGGCAAAGCAUGACACAUGUGUAGAUAUUGAUGAAUGUGAAAAUGCAGACACCUGCCAGCAUGAGUGUAAGAACACUUUUGGAAGCUAUCAGUGCCUCUGCCCACCUGGCUACCAACUCUCACUCAGUGGGAAGACGUGCCAAGAUGUGGAUGAGUGUCUGGAGCAGAACAUCCGCUGUGGACCCAACCGCAUGUGCUUCAACAUGAGGGGAGGCUACCGGUGCCUCGACACGCCCUGCCCACCCGACUACCAGCGGGAUCCUGUUUCAGGGUUCUGCCUCAAGAACUGUCCCCCCAACGAUUUGGAAUGUGCCUUGAGCCCAUAUGCCUUGGAAUACAAACUCGUCUCCCUCCCAUUUGGAAUAGCUGCCAAUCAAGAUUUGAUACGGCUGGUUGCAUACACGCAGGAUGGAGUGAUGCACCCCAGGACGACGUUCCUCAUGGCAGAUGAGGGACAUACUGCUCCUUUUGCCUUGAGGGGUGAAAACCUGAAAGGAGUGGUGUACACCACACGACCGCUGCGGGAACCAGAGACUUACCGCAUGAGGGUUCGAGCCUUGUCCUACAGCGGCAAUGGGACCAUUGAGUAUCAAACCACAUUCAUAGUCUAUAUCGCUGUGUCUGCCUAUCCAUACUAAGAAAUUCUGCAACCCCUAUUCCACAUGUUUAAACCGCAUUAAUCAUGGCAAAAGACUCCCCUUCCAGAUUACAGUGGAACAGUUGCCGUCUUGGCAACCUGAAAAUGGUGCUCUACUCUGUUGUGUGUGCCUUCUGGGGUACUGCCGAAGUAUUCUCCUGAUCCCGCCAUGGUCAGAUCUUUUAGAAAAGUCCCUUUCUUUAUUUAUUACACUGGAGGAGUUACUUCCCAAAGAUCAUUCUGAACACCUAACAAGACAUGUCAGUGCUGUUUUAUAAUAGCUUAGUAGCGAAGGUCAUUUUCCUUCAAACCAAGCAAAAACAACUGAUUUUGGAGCAUUUGACUAUUUUUAAAAUAAACUAAUUGCUACAGGUCGUGAGCAAUGCCUAUAAAAUAAUUUAUGAAGAUUUUUUUAAGUUUGGAUCCUUUAUAACAGGACUUAUCUUCAUCUUAAGGAAUAAAAGAAACACCACUCAUUUUCGAAAUGUAGUACAGGUAUAAGAAGGUUUGUUGGCUCCCAAAUGCUGCUCAGCUUGAUUGAACAUUCAGAACAAGGGUAUUAUUUUCAGUGAUUUUGUGAAAUCAGCUGGGACACUUAUAAUAAUGGAAAAAAUUUUCAGAAAAUCGUUCAUGGCAUGAAUCUUUGCUCUAACAUUUUAACAUCACUUUCUAUCCAGUCAGCUCCAUUAACUUUUCUAUUGCAGAAUUAUUUUUUAUUGUCAUAUCAAUGAAAACAAUUUCUAAAAUGCCAAUGGAACAGAUUUCUUUGUUUUUGAAAAAUAUAUAUCAUAUGUUCAAAUUAGCACAGAUGUUAAAUGUCAGUACACUGUACAUGUUGGUAACAGACUCUGCAAACAAUUGCCAAGAUGUAUUCUAUUUUUAUGAAGUGUGUAUCUAUUACCUUAGUUUGUAUUUUCUAUAUAAUAUCUUGAUAGGACUCUUUUAUAAAAUUAUUGUAUAAAAAAGUUACAGUAAGAUCCGCCUAAAUAAAUGUGUCACAUCCUUUUU